AUGUGUCUUUCCAAGGUCUAUUACAACACCUACGCGGACGGGGCACAGGACAUCACCGAGAAGUCCUACCCUUGCCGGGAUGGCCGCAGCUGUUCCCGUCCCGAUGUCCGCCGGUAUGACCGCAAGUUCCCGUUCAGCAAGCUCGGUGAUGUCCCGACCGACUCGCACCGGAGCCUCUCAGAACGCCAGCCGACCCCUUACUUUUCCGAACAAACUCCACGAACCCCUCGUGGCUCCAAGUCUCCCUCUCCUUCCGGCCGCCGGGACUCGGGUGUCUACCUGGCCGGUACCGCCAAGCAACGCGACUAUGGUGACACCUACGCCGCCGACUACGACAAGUACGGCUAUUCUUCCCGCCGCGACCCACGCGACCGCGAUCGCGACCGUGACCGUCACCGUGAUCGAGACCGCGAGCCACGCCUGAAGCGCUCUUCCACCGCCCCUCACAUAAUCUACGUGGAUCGGGAGCGCGACCGGGACCGCGAGCGUGAUCGGGAUCGGGAUAGCAGGUCAUCCGGCUCCCGCUCCCGCUCAUCUAGCCGCGACAUCCCCAUCGGUAUGGUGCCCCUCGCAGACGACUACGGUCAACGUCGACGGCGGCGUCACUCUUCCUCCUCCCACUCCCGCGAACGCGACAGUAGUGACCACAGUCUCUCCGGCCUGUACUACACCGGCAGUGGCAGCGGCAGCGGCAGCGGCAGCGGCAGCUACGGGACCAGCAGCAGCAGCAGCUACCCCCGCCGACGCACGGACGACCCAGCCGGCUACAUCCUACACAACGACGACGACGAGCGCCGACGACAGCGCCGCGAGGGCAAACAGCGCCGGUCCAGCGGUAGCUUCUUCGACCCCUUCAGCAGCACCACCACCAGCACCAACACCACCGCCAACAGCAACACCAACCCUUACAUUCCGCGCCGUGCCUCCGCCAUCGUCCACAACAGCAGCUCCUUAGCCGCUGCCGCCGCUGAUGCUUCGUCUUCUGGCCGCAAGCAUCUCCGCUGGGAAGACGAGGUGCGCGCCCAACGCGAGCGACAAAACGCCGAGAUUGCGAGCCGCUCGAUGCCGAGCGAGGUCAAGAGCAUCUUGAAACGCAACGGUAAAGGGAAGGGCAAAGGCAGAGAGAUAGACGAUGUCGCUGACUUGCGGCGGGCCGUGGAACGGAUGGAGAUUCCCCGUGGCCGGGGUCGAGAGCCGAGGGGACGGGAUUCCGAGUGGGGAUACGGCGGCUUGGACGAUUUGGACGGGGGCAGGCGGAAGAGGAGCCGGGUGUAUGCCGAUGAUCGGUACCGGUAUUAA